CGUCCGCUCGCGUUCUGCGACGCCGGAAGCGCAGGGCGGACGCGGCGCCUCCCUCCCGGCAUGGCGGCUCCGGCCAAGCGCGCGCGGACGAGCGACGGGGCGCCCCUUCCCGCGCCCUGCCGGGUCCCGAGAGUCGCCCGCGCGCCCUUGACGCUCCCGGAUCCCGGGCGCGGCCACGCCACUUGCUUCUCCCCGCAGGCGGCGGGGCCCAGCGGUGGCGAGCCCGACGGCGACGCGGUGGCCGGCUUCCUGCGCUGGUGCGCGGGAGUGGGGCUGGAGCUAAGUCCCAAGGUGGCGGUGAGCCGGCAGGGCACGGUGGCCGGCUAUGGCAUGGUAGCGCGGGAGAGCGUGCAGCCGGGAGAGCUGCUGUUCGCAGUGCCGCGCUCGGCGCUUCUGUCCCCCGACACCUGCUCCAUCAGCGGCCUGCUGGAGCGAGAGCGAGGCGCGCUGCAGAGCCUGUCGGGGUGGGUGCCGCUGCUGCUGGCGCUGCUCCACGAGCUGCAGGCCCCAGCCUCAUCCUGGAGCCCCUACUUCGCGCUUUGGCCAGAGCUGGGGUGUUUGGAGCAUCCCAUGUUUUGGCCAGAGGAGGAGCGGCUGCGCCUCCUCAAGGGUACAGGUGUCCCGGAGGCCGUGGAGAAGGAUUUGGUGAACAUCCGCAGCGAAUACUAUUCCAUAGUCCUGCCCUUCAUGGAGGCUCACUCCGGCCUCUUCAGCCCCACUGUUCGCUCUCUGGAACUCUAUCGCCAGCUCGUGGCCAUUGUAAUGGCUUAUAGCAGCUUUCAAGAACCACUGGAGGAAGGGGAUGAUGAAAAUGAACCGAAUUCCCCCUUGAUGGUGCCUGCUGCAGACAUACUAAACCACACAGCCAAUCACAAUGCCAAUCUAGAGUACUCCGCAGUGAGUGAACCCCCAUGCCUAGUUAUUUGCAUUAGGAGUCAAAUCAUUGGGCUCCAUUUUCCUACUUACCGUGAAAAUGAGGAUUAUCUCCGGAUGGUAGCUAUUCAGCCCAUUCCUAAAGGUCAUGAGAUUUUCAACACCUAUGGGCACAUGGCUAAUUGGCAGCUGAUUCAUAUGUAUGGUUUUGCUGAGCCCUAUCCUGACAACACAGAUGAUACAGCCGAUAUUCAGAUGGUGACUCUCCGAGAUGCUGCACUCCAGGGAACAAAAGAUGAAGCUGAAAGGCUGCUCUUGUGUGAACGCUGGGAUUUCCUGUGCAAACUGGAGAUGGUAGGGGAAGAAGGAGCCUUUGUGAUUGGUCGUGAAGAGGUGUUGACUGAAGAGGAGCUAGCCACCACACUUAAGGUACUGUGCAUGCCUGCUGAGGAAUUCAGAGAAUAUAAAAACCAGGCUGGACAGGGAGAAGAAAGGGAAGAGGACAGUCUGACAAUCACAAAUAUCCCCAAGCUCCAAGUAUCAUGGAGACACCUUCUUCGAGACAGUGUUCUGUUGACCCUAGAGACCUAUGCCACGGACUUACAAACUGAGCAAGAUUUACUUAGUAAUAAGGAAGUCUAUGACAAGCUCAGCUGGCGGGAACAGCAAGCCUUACAAGUCCGCUAUGGCCAGAAGAUGAUCUUACAUCGGCUGUUGGAACUCACAAGUUAGCAGGUGCCCUGAAUGACCAGCAGUGAGAAUCUUUUAAGCUCAUGUUUUGCUUGAAAAGGAGGGAAAUUUGGGACUUUUGCUAUUAGGCAGUAUCAAAAGAAAAGUAGUCCAAGGCAAGCAAGGGUUUAAUCUAAGGCAAGAGUUGUUGACAUUUUAAGAUUGAGAUUAGCAGUUGGGAAUCUGCCAACUAUUAAGAACAUUCUAUUUUUAUUAAUGUCUUCAGAUUUUUAGUAGAAUUUAAUAAAUGUGGACCGAGCUAGA